AUGUAUAAUACAAAUGGGAGAGAUGGUGUGAACCCCCCUCCACCAGCACAGAAUUAUGGUGCCGCAUAUAAUCAUGGAAAUUAUAAUUAUGGACAAAAUAAAGUAAAUAAUAAUCCAUAUGAUAUACCACCACCAUUACAACAAAAAGAUUACUAUUAUAAUGCACCAACUAAUAUAACAGCGAAUGGUGGAUUAUACGAUGAAUUUUCACUUAAUGAAUUUUCCUCAACAAAAAUAAGACAUGGAUUUAUCAGGAAAGUUUAUUCUAUUUUAUCACUUCAACUUCUUAUUACUUUUGGAUUUUCGGCGUUAGCAGUUUUACAUCAACCAAUUAAAAUAUUCCUAAUUAAAAAUUAUGUAUUGUUUUUUGUGCUUGGCAUAGUAUUAAGUUUACCUAUAUUAAUAACUAUAGCUUGCGUUCCUACCAUAGCAAGAAAAUAUCCUAGUAAUUAUUUUGUAUUACUAUUAAUAACAAUUGGUAUGACAUUAAUAGUUUCAUUAGCCAGUGCAAGAACUAAUUCCGAAAUUUUUUUCUAUGCAUUUGGGAUAACAGCGGUUGUAGUUAUAGGUUUAACUAUAUUUGCUUUUCAAACAAAAUGGGAUUUUACAGGUUGGUAUGUUUACCUUUUUAUGGCAUUUUUAAUAUUAUUUGUUAUUGGGAUAAUUGGUAUUUUUGUUCGUAGUAAAAUUUAUAAUUUAAUUUUUUCUGGAAUUAGCGCAUUUAUAUUAUCAAUAUCUAUUAUCGUUGAUACACAACUUAUUAUAGGAGGAAAACAUAAAAAAUAUGAAUUUUCAAUAGAUGAUUAUAUUUUUGCCACUUUAGCUUUAUAUAUGGAUAUUAUUAAUUUAUUUAUUUCAAUAUUAUCAAUUAUUUCAAAUUCAGAGUAG